GAAGUGAUUGAGCUCCACUCUCGCUCCAACCUGCUCCGGUAGUUACGUUACGCCGGCCGGGAUUAGCUAGGUUAGCCCGAAACAAGUGUCUGAAAUCGCCCUGUCCUUAAAGAUGUCUCACCCAAUACCGUCGGACAAGCCUUCAAACCCCGAGAACCCUCGCGUCUUCUUCGAUGUGGACGUUGGCGGAGAAAAAGCUGGCCGGAUAGUUUUGGAGCUGUUUGCAGACAUCACCCCCAAAACUGCUGAAAACUUCCGGGCUCUCUGCACUGGAGAGAAAGGCACUGGCAAAUCGACUGGGAAACCGCUGCACUUCAAAGGAUGCCCAUUCCACAGAAUCAUCAAGAAGUUUAUGAUCCAAGGAGGUGACUUCUCCAACCAUAAUGGCACCGGGGGUGAGAGCAUCUAUGGGGAGAAGUUUGAGGACGAGAACUUCCACUACAAGCAUGACAAAAUGGGUCUGCUAAGCAUGGCCAAUGCCGGACCAGACACCAAUGGCUCACAGUUCUUCAUCACCACGGUCCCCACUCCGCACUUAGAUGGCAAGCAUGUAGUCUUCGGACAAGUGUUGAAAGGGAUGGGAGUCAUAAAAAUGCUGGAGGCCAUUGACACCAACGAGGACGUCCCAGUAAAGCCGUGCGCCAUCGCAGACUGCGGCGAGCACAAGGACGAGGACAGCUGCGACGACGGACCAGACGAUGGGACAGGGGACGCCCACCCAGACUUCCCCGAGGACUCUGACGUCGACUUUAAAGAUGUUGACAAAGUUCUGUCUGUUGCUGAGGAUGUGAAGAAUGUUGGAAACACUCUGUUUAAGAAUCAAGACUGGAAAGCUGCAGUCAACAAAUAUAGCAAAGCCCUCAGGUACUUGGAGGUGAGUGGAGAGCUGCUGGAGGAGGAGGCGCAGCAGAAGCUGGAGCCCACCGCCCUCAGCUGCUUCCUCAACACGGCAGCAUGUAACCUGAAGAUGCAGCUGUGGCAGGACGCUCUGGACAGCUGCAACGAGGCUCUAGAGCUGAACCAAGCGAAUACGAAGGCGCUCUUCCGGAGGGCCCAGGCCUGGCAGGGCCUAAAGGAGAACGGCAAAGCCAUGAUCGAUCUGAAGAAAGCUCACGGAAUCGCUCCAGAAGACAAAGCCAUCGGCAACGAGUUGAAGCGAGUCCAGCUGAAAAUCCAGGAGGAGAAGGAGAAGGAGAAGAAAAUCUAUGCCAAAAUGUUUGCGUGAGCGUCUCCGCCCAACAACGCAAUGAACCGCCUGUUAGUACCGUUUGUCCAUGUUUGUGGUCGUCUCCACGUGGGAAGCUGCGCCCAGACAGCCAGUAACCGGCUGGAAGCGUCAACAGCAUCUUUCAGUCUGCAGGUCCUUUCAUGUUUUCAAGCCCCCCCACUGUGUCGUUUUUAAGGGAAUAACUGUCGUAAGCUUUGAUCUGUCUUUAUUCGGACACGCGUCGUCACUGUAAUGAAUAUUGUUUGUUUUGUUUUUUGCUCGUCGGCCCGAUGCCUGGCUGACUCCGCCGCUCAACGCCGGGGGCCUCGCUCCGGGGGUUUUUUGGAAGUGGUUCAGCUAAAGCAACGGAAAAAAAGCCCUUGUAUCGUUUCAUUGUUGGGGUUUUGAUACCGGCCACAUAGCGCAUCCAUCUGUUUUUAUUUAUGUUUUUUUACAGAGAUCAAUAAAACGAG